GCCAGCACUAUAUGGAUGACUACAUUGAUAGUCUGCCGGAUGAAGCUACCGCCAUCAGUAUGGUAAAGAAUAUUCGCGAUAUUCACAGUGCGGGAGGUUUCGAAAUCCGCAACUGGACGUGUAAUAGCGCAAAUGUGCUCGACACUAUACCUAAGGAUAUUUUAGGUAAUACAGCUGUGAGGUUUGGACUGGACGAUCAUGAUGAAGGUGAGCGCACUCUUGGACUGAUUUGGUACCCUGCCAAGGAUGAACUGGGGUUCGAUGUGUCAUUCAAGCGCAUUCCCGACAGCGUCAUCAAAGGCGAACUGAGACCUACGAAGAGGGUUAUGUUGCGUGUUAUUAUGUCAAUUUUUGACAUUUUUGGGUUCUUGUCACCAUUUACUACACAAGGCAAAGUUAUGUUGCAGGACGCCUGGCGUCUUCAUAUCGACUGGGACGAUAUUAUUCCAGAUGAAUUGUAUAAAAAAUGGUGCAAUUGGUUGGAAUUACUGAAGGUUAUUGGAGAAAUUCGCCUGCCAAGAUGGUACCAGUCAUGCGCUGCCAGGUGUAAGAUGGGCGAUGAGUUGACCACAACUUUACCAAGCUCUUCCUUUCAUGCCGUGACCGAGCAAUGCUAUAGUGACUUAGAACUGCAUUUAUUCAGUGACGCCUCACUUAAGGCAAUGUCAGCGGUUGCGUACUGGCGUUGGAAGAGUAACGAUCAGAUAUGUGUCGCGUUUGUUGCCAGCAAAAGCCGAGUAUCUUCGGUGAAACCUCAAACUGUGCCGCGAUUGGAACUUCAAGCUGCGUUACUAGCAGCUCGACUCGCUGACUCAAUAGCGAAGGCACAUCGUUUGCACGUUACACGGCGAUACUUUUGGUGCGAUUCAAGUACUGUGCUACACUGGAUUGGCAACAACACUCGUCGAUACAAGACUUUCGAAGCUAAUAGAUUAGGCGAGAUCGACGACCUGUCACAAGCCUCUGAGUGGAGAUAUGUGCCAACAGGACUGAACGUGGCGGACAUUGCUACAAGAGAAACGUUCAAUUAUCAGUCUUUUCUCAAUGAGUGGUUCAAGGGACCCGAGUUUUUGUACAGCGAUGAGACUUGCUGGCCAGCGAACGUCCUGGAACCCGAAAAUGAAGUCGGCGCUGAAGCUUGCAUGACCGUAGUAGAAAACUCACGUACAUGUUUCCCGGUUCCUGACCCUGAGCGCUUCUCCUCGUGGCUACGAUUUAUGCGAUCUACCGCUUGUGUUCUCAAGUUUGCAAAUAAAUGCAGAGGUAUCGCACUUGACGACUACGCCCUGAUGGAACAAGCAAAGCAGUUAAUCCUGCGCCAAGCUCAAGAAGAUUCCUUUGCCAGUGACAUACAAGCAGUAAAGGCAGGAAAAGACUUGCCACGCGAUAGUCGGCUGCGAAAUCUAUCUCCAUACUUGGACGAGAACAAUGUUUUGCGCGUGAGUGGCCGCAUUGAUGCUGUUUCUGACGUACCUCAGGAAGCGAAAAGGCCCAUUAUUCUUGACGGACGGCAUCCUACUGCCAAGCUUUUGGUCAAGCACUAUCAUGUGAAGGCUGCCCACGGACACCAAGAAGCGGUAGUAAAUGAUUUAAAACAAGAAUUUUGGAUAAUUCACUUGCGACCUACCGUCAAAAAUGUUGCGUCUCGUUGCAUGCUCUGCAGGUUAAGAAAGGCUUCCCCACAGGUGCCUCGGAUGGGUGACUUACCUCAAGCGCGCAUGGCGCAUCAUCAACGUGCCUUCACCUUUUGCGGGAUCGAUCUGUUUGGGCCCAUGGAAGUCACAGUAGGCAGACGUCGAGAAAAACGUUACGGCGUUUUGUUUACUUGCCUAAAAGUUCGUGCAGUCCACAUAGAAGUUGUUCACACACUAACUACCGACUCAUUGAUUAUGGCGCUUCGACGAAUGGCGUCCCGACGCGGGUGGCCGUCGCAUAUUUAUUCCGACAACGGCACGAACCUACGCGGAGCAGACGUCGAAUUGCGAAGAUCCAUACAGGAGCUCGACGAAGAAUCACUUAGAGCCGAAGCUCUUAACAAUCAAGUUCGCUGGACUUUUAUUUCCGCCCGCCAGCCCCCAUUGGGGUGGGGCGUGGGAGCGCUUGAUUCGGACCGUGAAGCGAUCUCUUCGUGUCAUUUUAAAAGAACGAGCGCCUCGAGACGAAACUCUAAGCACUCUACUAGCGGAAGUAGAAGGUUACCAAUACAUGGCGUAUUUGACGAUUCGGACUUAGCCUUAAGGAAGCAAUGGCGAAUAGCGCAGCGAUUGGCCGACAUGUACUGGAAGCGAUGGAUGAAGGAGUUCCUCCCGCUUCUGUUACCGAGAAAGAAGUGGCAACAGGAGCAGAAGCCAGUGAGUGUCGGGGACCUUGUGCUUGUGGUGGACCCUGACUCGCCUCGAAACGUGUGGCCACGAGGCCUGAUAAAAAUGUCCUACCGGGAAAAGACGGUCGCAUCAGGGUGGUCGACGUCAGCACCGCUACCGGCGUGCUGCGCCGGUCUGUGGCGCGCGUGGCUCCUGUACCUACCCUAG